AAAAGUCCUGGCGAUAUGGGUUUGCGUGACCCUGACUGAGCCAUGUACAUAAGCAAGCUAUCCCAUCAUUUUUCUGUCAGUUACAUUCAUUCUUCAACUCAACAUAGCAAAGACCAGACUCGGAAGAGAGAGAGAGAGAGAGAGAGAGAGAGAGAUGGAGAGGGAGUGGCUCAUUUCAAUGCCAAAGAUAGAACUGCAUGCUCACCUCAAUGGAUCCAUUCGAGACUCCACACUCUUAGAACUCGCCAAGGAUUUGGGCCAAAAGGGUGUCAUAAAAUUCUCCCAAGUCGAAGAUGUCAUCCUCAAAUAUGCAGCUAAUCGUUCGUUAACAGAAGUGUUCAAGUUGUUUGACUUAAUCCACAUUCUUACUACUAAUCAUGACACGGUUACAAGAAUUACCAGAGAAGUCAUUGAGGAUUUUGCAUCGGAUAAUGUUAUCUACCUGGAGUUGAGAACUACACCGAAGAGAAAUGAUUCCAAAGGAAUGAGCAAACGCUCUUAUGUUGAAGCUGUGCUGAAAGGUCUAAGAUCAGUCAGUUCUGUUGAUGUGUCUUUCAUUCCGCAUAUUGAAGAUUCUAUAAGUCCUUUUGAUUCUCUACCGAUGAUUACGCAUGAUAGAAGUAAUGGAAAUGCUAGAAAAAGAAUCGUUGCUAGGCUUCUCUUGAGCAUUGACCGAAGAGAGACAACGGAAGCAGCAAUGGAAACUGUGAAGCUUGCAUUGGAAAUGAGGCAAUUUGGGGUAGUUGGAAUUGAUCUCUCUGGAAAUCCAAAGAUUGGUGAAUGGACUACAUAUUUGCCAGCAUUGAAAUUUGCUCGAGAACAAGGUCUUUAUGUGACACUUCACUGCGGCGAGGUACCUAAUUCAAAGGAGAUACAUAAUAUGCUUGACUUUCAUCCCCAAAGGAUUGGACAUGCUUGUUUCUUUGAGGAUGAGCACUGGAGAAAGCUGAAGUCCUCUAGAAUUCCGGUUGAAAUUUGUUUGACAUCAAACGUUAGGACAUUGUCCGUUCGAUCUAUAGAUGUUCACCAUUUUGCUGAUUUGUAUAACGCAAAACAUCCCUUAGCCCUGUGUACUGAUGACUCGGGUGUGUUCUCUACCUGUCUCUCCGCUGAAUACGAAAUUGCUGCUAAAUCAUUUGGGCUGGAAAGGAGGGAAAUGUUUGAGCUAUCAAGGAAUUCUGUUGAGUAUAUAUUUGCGGAUAGCGGAGUAAAGGAGGAUUUAAGAAAACUUUUCAAUUCAGUGGCAAGAAAAAUGGGUGUUCAAGUAUAAAAUUUCAUCCAAGAAAAUAUCUGUAUUUAGUUCAUGGCUUACAACAGCCCAGGUAUUACAAUAAUGGACGCAAAUUAUAGCUUUAUUAGAUAUUGAUAUUAGAAAUUAACUAGCAAUCCUGGCCAGGGGUUCACUCCUUAUCUGAAAUUUGAAAUUCGGAUUUUGCUCUUCAAAGUAAAGAAAUGUGGAAAAUAAAAAAAAGUUGGAUGCAUCUAUAUUUGAUUCAAUGUGGGUUAGUUUUUGAGAUACUUAAGUUAACAGUAAAUAUAUUUUGUGUUUUUUUCUUUUACGCAGUUAGAUGUUAAGAGGUAAAUCCUUGAUAUAAAAAAAUCCAUUCAAGUGACAGUUCUUGGAUGUUUCAG